CUCUGCCCACACGCCGCCGCUCCGCACACGCAGCCCGCAGCCGCAGCGUGACUGCCUGACCCCGGCCGGAUUAUUCAUCCCCCAGUCGGGAGGGGACGCAGGAAGCCGCCCGGAGAUCCGCGGCGCGCGGGCGGAGAGGUGGUGGCGGCCGCGGCACAGCAGCAUCGCAGCACCGCAGCGGGGGUCCCCAACCACUGCCGGUUGCCGGAGAAGCCCGGCCAGAUUAAUUUCUUGGUUGUGAAGAAGUGUGAGCGCCUCGUGCCCUAAUGGGGGACUCAGGAUCCAGGAGAUCGACUCUAGUGUCUCGGUUGCCAAUAUUCAGAAGAAGUAUUAGCCGGAGACAUGACUCCCUCCCUUCUUCGCCUUCCUCUGCCAGUACUGUGGGUGUGCACACCUCCUCCCCAUCCAGCACUAACUCCAGCUCAGGGAGCACAGGCAAGCGCCGGAGCAUAUUCCGAACUCCUUCCAUUAGCUUCCAUAACAAGAAGGGGGGGGAGCAAAAGCCUGAUGCCGCCAGCCAGAAUGUUAACAUCUCAAAUGGUGCCCAGCCCUCUCUCAGUACUUUUCAAAAACUGUGCCUGGAGGAACACAUUAAAAGCAGAGGAAGGCAUUCGGUUAGUUUUGGCAGUUCGCGUAGCAAGAAGAUAACAAGGUCUUUGACAGAUGAUUUCGAAAAAGGAAAGGAAUCUUCAGCUAAUAAGAAUGUCUUCAUAAAUUGUAUAAGCUCUGGCAAAAACGAGGGUGACGAUUCUGGCUUUGUGGAGGAACAGAGCCGCUACUCUGUCAAACAGUCCACACGAAAACUUCUCCCUAAAUCUUUCUCAUCGCACUACAAGUUUUCCAAACCGGUUCCACAGAGUCAGUCAGUUUCUUCUGUGCAGCAGACUGGGUGCGUGCUGGAGAUAAAAUCCUAUGUUGAAAGUGAGCCAGUGAUUGCCACGUCCUCUUCUCCGUGCUCAGCUGAGGUGAUGGAGUGCAUGGGGAGUGCUUUGCAGUCUCCACUGCUCUCGGCUGACCUCACGGCUGUCCAGACCCCCUCUGACUUCAUAACCUUGACGGAGGAUUCUGUUUCAGAGGUUGAUGCUCUGCCCGGCAGUGGGAAUGGUGUGCUGCUAGCAGAGGAUUUUGGCCAUAGUGUCUCUACCUCUCAGAUAAUCUUUAAUCCUGCUGCUGUUCCGGUGAAGGAAAUGGAUUAUGUGGGAAGUCCUUGCCAGUCUGCUGCUGUAUCUCCUGCAAGUCAUGCAAGCUUGUGUAGUGUUGAAUCUAAUACUUUGUUCAAAACUUCAGCUGCUAAUCAAACGAAAGUAUCAUUGCAAGCCAAUGAACUACAUGUUACAGAUGCCAGGCACAAAGGAGAAAUGAACUCAGAAAAGGUGAAUUUAGAAACCUUUGCAUUACAGCAUAAAGAAGAACUGGGGAUGCACUCUCCAGCAGCUAAGGAAUUGAGUGGGGACCAAGAGGAAAUCACGUUCUCCAAGCACAAGAGAGAAACAAUUCCUGUAACAGAGCCUAAGAUUAUUCAGUGUUCUGAAUCUCAGUCCUUUAAAAUGCAACAGGGAUAUGAAACAAACCAUCCUAACGUUGAUCUUGCCAAUAGCUUCAGUCCAUACCGAGAAGGCAGAUUUAUUGAGAAGAGACUCAGAUCGUCCUCGGAAGGCACUGCUGGAAGCAGUCGACUGAUCAUAAAACCAAAGGAUGGCAAUGCAGACGAACUUAACAGCCUACGGAAGCAGCGAGCAAGCUCAUCCUCUUCAAAAAUGAACAGCAUGGAUGUUUUGAAUAACUUGGGUUCCUGUGAGUUAGAUGAAGAUGACCUAAUGCUUGAUUUGGAGUUCGUAGAAGAACAACAUCACCAUCGUACUGUUUGUCGAGAAGACUCGUACCAGUCAAUAGUCUCAUGUGCUGCUGUAGUACUUACCCCAACAGUGGAUACAAGGAAGAAAGAACAGAUGCCAAAACCUGAAGCGUCUAAACAGAACCUCUCUUUGAAACUGUCGAAGGAGGUAGAACAAGGAGAAGCCAGGUAUCCCCGAAUUAGCCAGCUGGCUGGCAGCCCAUCUGUGGAGUGGCCUUUUACUGGUUUGGAAGAAGGCGGAGGCAUUGAAUCUUUGCCCUUCAGACUGAUGCUGCAAGAUUGCACAGCUGUAAAGACAUUGCUACUGAAAAUGAAGAGGGUUCUUCAGGAGAGUACAGACAUGAGUCCAGCUAGCAGCACCACCUCACUCCCUGUUAGCCCUCUUCCAGAAGAGCCUUUAUUUUUUAAGGAUGGAAUAAAAGAUGAAUGCUCAGUGCUGAAGCUGCAGCUGAAGGAGAGAGAUGAACUCAUAGCCCAACUUCGUGAGGAACUGGAAAAAGCUCAGUGUUUGCAGAAGGCUUUUGCUUCCCAGGCAGAUAAAUCCACACAGACAGAACUUUUUGGCCAUGAUGCUACAUAUCCAAACAGAAUGGUGAGCCAAAAUCUCAGCACAAGGGACAGAAAGUCAGCACAUAUUCCCACCGAGGACCCUUUUAGAUACUCAAACAGCCAAGCAACGGCCUAUGAAAGCAAGAGCUGUCAACUGUCUAAUUUGUGUCUGAGCAACCUCCUGAAAGAGAAGGAGAUAGUGGAAGUCAUCAAACAUACUAGAGGAGCCUAUGAAGCCCUCACUUCGGAGGCCACCCAGAAUGGUUUGGCCACCACGGCACCUAAAACAGCAAAGCCUGCAUCUCAGACAGACCGCUACCCACCGUUCUCAGGAGCUCCAAAAGACCAUACUGCUGUACCUCAGCAGCACACCACUUUCACAGGCAGACUUGGACAGCCUCCAAGGGGACCCAUCUCUUUACAUAUGUACAGCAGGAAAAAUGUUUUCCUUCACCACAAUUUACACACAACAGAGCUGCAGACUUUAGGUCAACAAGAUGGGUAGCAAGGUUCUUGUCUUCUUGCCAUAGAGUGUGAGUUCACUGCAAGGAAACAUAAGCUCACACAGAGCUGAAUAAUAAGUUUUUACCUACUGCUACCUUUUCUUGAAAAAAAAAAAAUUAAAAAUUAAUGUUCUCUAGGUUUCAUACUUUCCCAUCUGGAACUGUAGGAAAAGGGUAAACUAGAUUGCUACAUAACUAGGUUGAUUUGUCACACAAAAGUCGCUAUGGUAGAAUAAAAAGGACUGUUGGGCUGGCAUUGCUGGUCCAAAGUUGGCUGUCUUUUUUUUCUUCUGUUUCUAUAAAGCCGCUAACAUCCCCUGAAGUUCUAGAAAGUGGUCUUAAAUAAUAGUGUAUGCUUAAUAAUGUUACUGUUAAAGUAGAUGUGAGGAAUGAAUAGAUAAAUAAUUUGUAAACCCUAUUGAAUUACAUAGAGAGUAAAGAAAUAAAGAGUAAGAAGUCUCUGAACCUCUUAAACCCACAGUAAAAUUUGCUCAUUUGUAGAUGUGUGUUACCACUUCUUGCUGUACAUGUUUAAUCAAGGCCUCAUGCCACAAUUAGAGGAAGUGACAUUUGUUCAUCUACAAGAAAGAUCACAGAGGCUCACUGGGUAAUUGAAUCAGAAUAAUUGGAACAGAAAGUAAUGAUGACAACUUGAUUUCUCAACCUUCUUUUUCCUCUCCCUACCUUUUUUUAGCUACAUUUGUUCUGGUCUUUUUGUUCUGCGAGCACACAUCACAUUGAGGUGAUGGUUGUUCUCUGCAGACGCUAUAUCGCUCAUGACACAAUGUCACAGUCUAUGUUACCAGGGCUGCUCCGAAAGUAAUGCUUCCUGUUUUAUUAUGUUAGCAUGUGGUAUCGGAAGUGGAUGUUAGUGGUAUGAUAGAGGUUGAUCCUUUCCAACAGUAUUCCAUUACAUUUUGUUGCCAUGCAACAGAUGGCAGCAGAAGAGCAAUCUGAAAAAAUGGUGUCUGAUGGAAGUAUACACAAAGCAAAGGUGUAUGAAUUCCUUCAUGUGGAAAAAAGGCACCCACUGACAUUUAUCGAUCCUCACUGAGCAGUUAUGGAGACAAAACAGUGCAUGUGAGCACAAUGAGGUUAUGAGUGAUGUGCUUCAGCAGUAGUGAUGGCAACAGUGGUUUACCCCUGCUGGUGCAGAUGUUUAGGAGCAUUGCAUGCAGGCUCUUGUUCAUCACUGGUAAAAGAUGUAUAGCUAAGGGUUGAAAACUAGUAUUGUGUAGCUGAGAAUUUGCUCUAUCGAAUAGUGUUAUUGUGCUCUUUGUAUCUAUUGUAGUUUCCAUGGAGAUAAAAAGCAUUCCUUUCAGAGCAGCCUCUAUAUAAUGGAUUGUAUAACUUCAUUUCACUUGCUGAAUUAAAAAAAAAAAAAAAAAAAAAAAAAAAAAGUGAAAGAUUAUAUUAAGUGAAAUUAUCAUAUUACUGAGUCUAAACUAUCUGUGUAAAUCGUAAUUUCUGUGGACCAUAUCUGCACUUCAUGGCGUAUAGUAACUCAGUAGGUUUGCUAGUCUUGACAUGUUAAAUGCAAGUGAGAUGAAGCAAAUACUACCUGACAUGCAGCUUGCCGAUCUCAUGGGAAUGUGAAUUCAUUUGAUCAUGCUACAGAACCCAAAGGCUUGUCAGCACCAGAAGAACUGGUUCUCCCCUUUUAUAGGGCUUGAAAACAAGUAUCAUGGACAGGAUGCUGUAAACAUGUGGUACAUACUGAACAUGACAGUUUGCAACUUCUCUUAUGGCAGCUAAUCUGUUUGAAUGAUAUUAGGAUGUAUAGUUAGUAGUUUAUAAAUAAUCUGGAUGUUUAAAUAUGACUGAGGCAGAUCUGAGACAAGUCACACCUCUGUUUAACUGGUGAUAGAUAAUGAAAGGCAAGGGAAUAGCACAUUCUCACACAAAGAAACAAACUAGUGUGACAACUAAAGUAGCAAACGAUGCAAAAAGAUUUUGUAACUUCUAGUAACUUUUAAAGGUAAGUGACACAGGGCAUAUAAAAGGAAUUAAUGAGACAAAUCCUACCUAAUGUUAAACAUAUCUCCUAAACUACUUAAUAUUUAGAUGAAGGCAAGGGUUGGAUACGUUAACAAUUAGAUUAUGAGCUUGACAGAUAUUCUGCGAAGUUCAGCAGCCUAACCUUUCAGAAUUCUAUUUCUUGAGGGUUUUAAUUAGAGCAGAGGAAAUUGAAUAAUGUUAUCUGAUGUUGAAAAGACCCAGUUUUGUCUAAGUAUGUUAUGAUGAUAAUUUUGAGUGUCCUGAGCUGGAUACAUAAGGAUCAGUAUAAGCAUUUGCCAAACGUUUUUUGUGAUUUUAUACAUUUAUGUGUAUAUUGCCAUUGCCAAAAUAGAAAAAAAAAUUGCAAACACAGCUUGACCGAAUUAACUAUGGGUUUUAAAGACUCAUAGGCCAGCACUGAAACUGAUAGUUUAAACUCUACCAAAAAGAAAUAGUAAUGACAGAAUUUCACUAUUAAGACUUAUCUUUUUCUCUGAGCAGUCUCUUACAGUCAUGGUAGAUUGAAAGCACAGUUAGUUAUUGAUAACAAUAUAUUUCAGUCUUGCUAAUCUCAAGAAUUGAUGUAUGCAAUUAUAUUUCAGAUCUGUACAUAAAUUAACAUAUAUUGCAAUCAAGGGUAUUUUUUCCAGGACACAGAUAUGCAACAACUACAUUUAAAAACAAAAUAAUAAUAAAAAAGAACAAAACAAAACAGCAAUUAAAAAACAAAAAAACAAAAAAACAAAAAAAAACCCCACCUCUUUAAUUCUAACUUUAUACUGUAUCUGUAGUUGUUUUUUUUCCUGGAAAAAUAGACUUUUGGAUUACAUUUUAUUAAAUAAAUCCAUCUACAUAUUAAAAAGAAAAAUAAGAAAAAAAAGAAAAAGAAAAAUACAUUUUAAAUGCUACUAUUUUCUUGGAAAAUCUUUUAUAAAGCUGAAUCUUUAAAAAAAAAAAAAAAACAGUUCAAUUAAAGUGAGGAAUAUUUUUAAAAUGUCAUCUUGAAACUGUUUUGUAUCAGUAUUUUCAGCACUGUUAUUUGUAAUACUAAAUGUAAAUCUCACCCAGAGGAGGAUAUUAGCCACAUGUUAAUAUACAGUAUGGCAGUAACUGUAAGACAGAGGUCUUUUGUUUGAUCCUCUUGUGUACAUACUAAAUCAUAAAGCAAUGGCAUGUGGACAUUCUUUCAGUAAAUUGAUUCCUUUGUAUUAAAAAUCUCUAGUUUUUUAAGAGUUUUAUGUAUAGAAUGAUUUAUACAUUUCUCCAAGGCUGUACAUAUCCAAAGACAUGACACCAGGGGAAAAGACAUUAUUUUUGCCACAGAAGUACCUUUUUUUUUUUUUUUUUUUUUUUUUUUAAUUAAAGUUCCUGUACAUGAAGCAUAACUGUAAAAUUUAUACUGAAAUUUUUCUUCUUGUUACUUUCAUAUUUUAUGGUGUUAUAGAGAGCAUUUUAAGAAGGAGGAAAUCCCUAAAGAAAAGCUGCUUCCGUUUGAAUCAGUAUCCCAUUUUUUGAAGCAGCCACUUGGCACAAGAAACAUUAUAUGUGCCCUAAAUACUUUUUAAUGAUACACAUUGUAUGGGAACUGCUGAAUCACAGCCUGAACCUCUGAUUGACCACCCGAGGCGAGCAGUGAGUCAGCUAUGGGAGCACAGGUGAAGGCAAUUCACCUGUGCUACUGAAAGGGGUGGAGCUUUGCUCCACUUCUCCUAGACCCCAUUUAAGAGCUGACUACGACAGGGGAAGGAUCUCUUUUGGAGACCUUGAUUUUGAUAUUAAAUUUUAGAGUUUUCUCAGCAAGUCCAGGAUAAGGGUAAGUUUUCCAUCCGUUCUUCUUUAGCACGAUAGCCUGUUUAGCCUAACUUUCUUGUGUAUUUUUUUAAUUAUAACAUCCUUGUAUUCAUUCAUUAUACACAUGUGAAGUGGUGUAUUGUCUUCAUUAUGAUCCUUACUUCCCUAGAGUAAUUAUAUUCUACAAUAUACAUUUUAUGCAAUCACAGGAUGGCUUGGACUGGAAGGGACCUUAAAGCCCACCUAGUUCCAACCUCCUUGCUACGGACAGGGUUGUCAUCCAUGGGAUCAGGCUGCCUAGAGCCUUAUCCAACCUGGUUGCUGAGAAGUAUGCAAUAAUAUACUAGGACCAAUCUUAAUUAUAAAUUAUUAAGAUGGAAGGAAAGCACCCAUCCAGCACAGUUCUUUGGUUUUCAAAACACUGGAAGAGUUGUUUUUUGUUUUGUUGUUUUUGUUUGUUUGUUUUAUUUCUGUAUUACUUGUGUGUGUGUGGAUUAAGUAGAAACGGGAAUUCUAUACUGGAAGGAAAAGUCUUUCCACAAAAUCCCUCCAUGUUUAGGGAAUUUGGUAGCAUCAGAAAGCAUUCCUAGGAUGAAUUUUUGCUCCUAUAUACAAAACGAACCAGAUAGUGAAGGUUCUUUUUUUUAAAACCCAAGCAUUUUAGUUAAUUGCUUUUACUUCCAGAAUACACACAGAUAUGCCAAAUGGGCUUUUCUUAUAUGUCUUUCUUUCUGAUAGCUUUGAUAUUAAGUUUUUCCUGACUAAGAUUUUUGCAUAUUUGGAGCAUUUGAAAGCUUACCUUGGCUUUUCAGGUUUGUCACGCAAGUGCAUUCUAGUCGCUACCUAAAAAUUGGUGACAUCGUCUUUCCCAAAAGCUAGCGAUUUCUGACUGCUCUUAUGGCGUGACUGUUAUGUCUUCACUGGUUUGAUCAGCACACCAUUGACUUCAAUUAAGUCACACUGAGUGCGUCACCUGAUAACUGGGAUUGUGGCCCUUCAUGCACAAACUGUCUCAAGCUAUGUGGAAAAGGUGAUCUCAAAAAUUUGAUCCAACAGAAACACCAACUCACAAUCUAGGAAAAAAUUAAUCUUUUUUUCUUUCUUUAUAGUAGUAUUCAGAAAUAAAAUAACAGAAUACCAUCAACAAAACAACCAUAGCAGCAACAAAAACACCAAAAAGCUUCUUAUACAAUUCCAAAGAUCAUAAAUGAAAUCCCCUCAUACAGUAGAAUAACGGUAACUUCUAGCAAAACUUUGAAAUAAAUCUGAAAAUCCACUGCAGUCUUCUUAUGAAAUUAUGGAGUGACUGGAAAAAUGAGGAUCUGUAUCUGAGUGCAUUAAUGAAAUAUUUCACAGCCUCUUUUUUUUCAAAGUCUACUGAUGAUUAUUUAUUUAUUUAUUUACUUAUUUUCUGAAGGAACGCUUGCAGUUUGAUGCUUAUGCCAGAUAAAAUAUAGAAUACAGUUUGAAUGUACUGAGGAAAGUGAUGGGGGCUUCUCUCAUCUUGGAGGAAUGUAUAGUGUUCUCUCUAGGACUCAUUUUAAUCUUCUGCUGUCAGCAAGAACUUGGCAGAAGCCUCUCAGGAAAAGAGCAUUCUCAAAUCAUAUGGGCCAUAGCUGCCUUUAUAUUCACUUUCCUUUAGCAUGUUCUACAUAAGGCACUCCUAACAUCAUUUGGAAAUUUCAAGAAGCUGCAAAAUGUGUUUCACUGGGAUUUAGCCAAUCAAGUCAAAGAUUAAAAUGUCAUGCGCUGCUUUAAACCUAGUAAACUCUAGUUGUUUGUAUCAUGCUUCCUCGCAAAUUUUUUUGUCCAAGUUUUGAGAACAUCUACACUGUGAUGCUCAUGAUGCUAACUUCUUACAGUAUAAGAGACACUGGAAAUCUGUCCUCUGAGGGGCUCAAGAUUUGCAGUUUAUUUCCUAGGGCAACUGUGUGAACUUCAAGGAUUUUCUAUUGUUGCAAAAGUAAUGGUAAGGGAACUUAUUUAUUACCUAUUUUAGAAAUAUUUGAUGGUUGUGGGUUUUUUUUUUUUUUUUUUUGUUUUGGUUGGAAUAUACUUAAAAUAUUAUUGGGGAAAAAAAAUUCUGUAACUUAUUAGCAUCAAUUUCCUGUAAGUUCUUAGUAGCCGUGGUUGUCACUUGCAUUUUGUAGCGCUGCUAAAUAUUUUUGGAUGUGCCAUUUUUGUUGCCUUCAUUACCAACAAAUCUUACUGUUUUUAUUGUUUUUGCCCUCAGUCCUGUGUUAAAGAUACAGAGGACUGUCGAGGAUUUCUACGCAGGUAAUACUGCCUAUAUAAAGUAGAGGAAGAAUAAACUUACUUGAAGGUCUCUAUGUGAUCCCUGGAGAUUGAAAAUCUAUUCAGUUUGAUCUGAACUAGGCAACAUUCGAGAGACCCUGAUGGAUGUGACAAGUGUCACCAUCUGUUGGUUUCCGAAAUCUUUAUAGACACGACAGUGAAUAAAAUAUACCACAAAUAAAGGCUUUUGUUGUGUACGAAUAAUGUUGCCUUAUAUUUUGUAUUUUGACCCUUGCUGUGCCUCUCUUUCUGAAAUAUUUUGUAUAGAUACAUGCAUAGGCUGACUAUGCAGACAGGCUACGCAACAUCACCAUUUCUGCUUUAAGAAGGCUCCUCUGGAUUCUCUUAAUAUCUGUUCACUAAAAUGUUUAAACUAUCCAGAAAGAAUCUCAAGCACCUAUGUAGACAAAUAUAUUACAUGAUUUGAUCCCAUUUUCAUCACACUGGAAAAGCCCUAGUAGCGUAAGUAUAACGUAUAUGGAUAACAACAGUAUUAGUGGAAUUAAAAUUUAUUUUUAUUUUUACAUUAUGUCAGUGCACUUUAUAUGAGGGCUUAAUGGGAAUUACGAACUAGCUUGCAUUAAUUUUCUUAACAAAACUUGACUUAAACAGGGUUCAGAAUUUUCUGCUUAACUUUAAGCAUGUAAGCAAUCUCCUAAAGGUAAAAAUGAAAAAAUGAAA